GGCAACACAGCGGCGGAGGAAGCGACUGCUGCCCGCAGUUAUUAGUGACAAUGUAGCCUUCGAAAAGAGCGAUAAAACGAGUAAAAGUAGCGGGUGUUGCUAUUCAUCCGGGCCGCCGUUCCGUGCUAAAAUGUUUUGGUGAAGUAAGGUCCGGAAAAACAAGACCCCUGGGGAGGAAGCGAAGUGUGUUCCAUGGAGGCUGAUAUCUGCCGGGUUGGGCUCCACUUCACCCCGGCUAGCUCCACUUAGCAUCUUAGCCGCCUUCCAAUGGCUCCCAGUCCCCGGUUAAGCGUAUCCUAGGCCGGGGGUGGGGGGGAAAAAGGGCGUGUAACGCGAGCGGAUAACGGGGUCGCUUUGUAGCUCGUUACCGCCCCAGCCUUUCCUCGCUCUGCGCCCCGGGCAACAUUUCAGGGUUUUAUCCCGCCGUUAUCGUCGUUAAUCAGCAUGGGGAACGCACCGUCCUGCUGCGUGGCGUCCAGCCCCAAGCACCGGCGGAACAACCACUCCAGGCUGGAGACGUACCGGCCGGAGCCCGAGCUGAGCCGGGAGGACACGGGCUGUAACCUCCAGCACAUCAGCGACAGAGAGAAUUUGGACGACCUGCCGAUGGAGUACAAUCCCUCGGACCAUCCUCGGGCCAGCACAAUCUUCCUCAGCAAGUCUCAGACUGAUGUUGCUGUGCACAACAAGCGAGUUCGAGAAAAGAGGAAGAGCCUUUACAUCAAUCAUUUCACACACAUUUCGGAAAACAAGCAUCACCGGGGCCCGUUGAGAAGAAAGUACAGCUCGUGUUCCACCAUAUUCCUCGACGAGAGCACCGUCAGUCAGCCCAACCUCAAAUACACCAUUAAAUGCGUAGCCCUGGCAAUAUUCUAUCACAUACGAAACAGAGAGGUGGAUGGAAGAAUGACGUUAGACAUUUUUGAUGAGAAGCUGCAUCCGCUUUCGAAGUCUGAAAUUCCUGCGGACUACGACAAGCACGACCCUGAGCAGAAGCAGAUUUAUCGCUUCGUAAGGACGCUCUUCAGUGCGGCACAGCUCACGGCCGAGUGUGCCAUCGUCACAUUGGUGUAUUUGGAGAGGCUCCUGACCUACGCCGAGAUCGACAUCGGCCCGGCCAACUGGAAGCGUAUCGUGCUGGGAGCCAUUCUCCUGGCGUCCAAAGUCUGGGACGACCAGGCGGUGUGGAACGUCGACUACUGCCAAAUUCUCAAGGAUAUCACUGUGGAAGACAUGAAUGAGCUGGAGCGCCAGUUUCUGGAGCUGCUGCAGUUCAACAUCAACGUGCCGUCCAGCGUCUACGCAAAGUAUUACUUUGACCUGCGGUCUCUGGCUGAGGCCAACAACCUCAGCUUCCCUCUGGAGCCCCUCAGCAGGGACAAGGCCCAGAAGCUGGAGGCGAUCUCAAGGUUGUGCGACGAUAAGUUCAAGGACCUGAAGAAGCUGGCCAAGAGGCGAUCGGCGAGCACCGACCACCUGGCAGGCGUGCGCUGGUGUCCCGCCAUCCUCUCCUAGUGGACAGGAAGAGGAGGAGCCAGGCAGGCAGGUGUUUCCGACACAAUCCACGCACCUGGGCACACCUCUCCGAGGAGGCCACACCGCACUGAAGCACACCCAACGACAUGAAGGCUCGCUGAAGCAAAAUGGAAAUACCAUACGCCUACGUUCCUCUUCCGGUUCUUACUUUACAGACACUUUUUUCAAUUCCCAGUUCACUCCCUCACAUUCCAUGAUCGGACACGUUGAGCUACCGGCCUUAUACAGGUAAAAGCCAGUAAAUUAGAAUAUUU